UCUCUUGCUCUCUCAUCCAUAUGGCAGUGUUGCGUUCUUUGUAGAUAUUUUGUUAUAUUAUUCAUAAUCUCAUGGGAGAAUUGAGGGAUCUUGAGUCAGAUUCCUUUCUUGGUAUUUCUGGAUGUAUUUUAUGGGAGAUAUACCAGCACAGCGUCAAUGCCUAUCCUCGAUUCUCUUUUACUUGGUUCAUCUUGCUCGUGGGUCGACUACAAUAAAAGAUAGCUUCUGCCACGAUCAUUCCCAUGGAAAGGUCUGUGGUGGAUAAAAUGGUAAAAGUUGUUCCUCUUCUAGCUGAAUACUUGUGUAAGAUAAUAAGAGGAGGCAAAUAUUUUCAAAGGAGAGAGAGAGGGAUCGGCGUCUGUGAUGCAGUGAAUGUGCCUCGCCUUUCUGUUGCUUCCCUCCUUCUGCAGCAUUCCAACAUGACGAGGUUCUUGAAUAUGAGAAGGAGUACAAGAGAGCCAGGAUUGUUUUCCUCCACCUGAUUCCCUCAUCUAUCGAUGAAGCAGAGAGCAAACAGAGGCACCUCCCCUGCCCACUCUAACGCGAUCUUAUCCUAGACCACUAGAUCGGAAGGAAUGUCGCUUUCUCACUUGUAAAGUUCUUCUCAUCCAGCCUUAAGAAUGCCGGUGGAUUUAUUGGGGAAAACAUUAAGGAAUGGUUAAAGAGAGAGAGUUCCUCCACUUGACGAUUUAUGUUGGAUAUGGAGAAGCAGAAAAAGGGUCAAUGUUGCCGAUGGAGAGGAGUGGUGCUUCGUACUUUGCAAGGAACAUUGGCACUUUCAAGUUUCAAGAGAUAUGACAUUAGAAAUUUGCCAAGCAUCAGGGCAGCAGCUUUGGUAAUGAAGGCAGUAUGGUUCUAUAUCCAUGAAUCAUUUCCAAGCUCGUGCAACAAUCCUUUGGUCGUUAAAGCUAUAGGUUGGUUCUUAGUCCCUGAAUCGGGCUCAAUUCAGCUCCAUAAUUACUCUAAGAUUACUGUUUUCACCAAAUUUUUAUGUGAAACAAUCUCAGCUCCAUUUGAACCAGAGGAUGAUUUGCCUUUGUUGGUGAUCAGUUUCCUUUUCGUCUAUGUUUGAUCUACUUUCAAGUAAGCAAAUUUUUAUUCUUUUGUGGAGGUUUGUGUGAUGAUUCCUUCUCUAUCCAUCUUUUGCAGCCUUAAAGCCUUAACUUGAAUACAAUGGCUUGCCACAUGCUAAAAAUUUUUUAUCAUCUCAGGGGCGAGUCUAUAAGGUGAAAAUUUAUUUUCUCCAGGAGUUUCAGGUAUCAUUCAUGAAAAGGUCGAACUCAUUGUGAACAAGUUUGUACAUGCCAAAGUGUAAGUAUGAAAGAAUAUAGAAAUUUGAUGUUACAGACGUAGUGUAGCUUCUGUGCAUU